AAAAAAAAAGUCCAUGACCGCGUUUUUCUCUUCUCCCUUUCGUGCCGCCGGCCGGGUCUACUCAUCCCCGUCUUGUAGCUGCAGCUACCUUUCCUUGGCCCCCUCAAAAUCCUCCAACCAAUCCCACCAGCUGCUCAUCUCGAAUCUGCCCGGAGACCUCCCAACACCCUCACCGUCCACCCAGUUCGUGCAGCUGCCCGGCGUUCAGGGAUCGGGGAAAAAAAGGCGCUUUGGUGGUUCUUGCGGGCGAAUCUCGCGGCGAUUCGCUCAGAUUUGGAUUUAGGGUUUAGGUGGUGGUGGUGGUGAUCGGUCUGUGCCGCCGGGAGAGAUGUCGGCGGCUGUGGCAUGCGCGGAGAGGGCGACCAACGACAUGCUGAUCGGCCCGGACUGGGCGGUCAACAUCGAGCUCUGCGACAUCAUCAACAUGGAUCCCGGACAAGCAAAGGACACACUCAAGCUCCUAAAGAAACGUCUUGGAAGCAAGAAUUCAAAAGUGCAAAUUCUAACACUUUAUGUGCUAGAGACGCUAAGCAAAAAUUGUGGGGAUAUUGUUCAUCAACAGAUCGUUGAGCGUGACAUAUUGAGUGAAAUGGUUAAGAUAGUAAAGAAGAAGCCAGACUUAAACGUCCGCGAGAAGAUAUUGAGUUUGAUUGACACAUGGCAAGUGGCAUUUGGAGGUCCAUCCGGAAAAUAUAAACAGUAUCAUGUGGCUUACCAAGAACUCAGGGCUGCUGGUGUUGAUUUUCCACCUCGUGAGGAAAAUUCAGUCCCGUUGUUUACACCACCUCAAACGCAACCAUUAAGACAUCCACAUCUAUAUCCACCUCCAGGUCAAAGCUAUGAAGAUGCUGCCAUACAAGCUUCUCUUCAGUCUGCCCCUCCUGCACCUCCCCUCAGUCUGAGUGAGAUUCAAAGUGCUCGAGGUAUUGUGGAUGUGUUAGAUGAAAUGUUAAAUGCUCUGGACCACCGGCAUCCUGAGGGUGUAAGGGAGGAGGUGAUUGUUGAUCUUGUUGGCCAAUGUCGAUCAUAUCAAUCUCGUGUCAUGGAUCUUGUUAACAGUACUGGCGACGAGAGCCUUCUAUUUCAGGCUCUAGGACUAAAUGAUGAGUUACAGCGUGUUGUUCAGCGUCAUGAUGACAUAGCAAAGGGGAUCCCUCCUGGUACUGGAGCACCUGUACCUGCUUCUGCAAAUGUCAACCAAGGGACUGCGCCACCUAGGUCCACUGCGGUUUCAUUUUCUCCACUUCUAAAUGUACAUGAGGACGAUGAACCGGAAGACGAGUUCUCUGUGCUUUCCCGUAGGUCUGCAAGGGAUGGCGCAGUACCACAGAACAAUCUGCCUUCUGCUACAAGAAAUGAAAGGCCAUACCCAAGCCCACUUCUUCCUCCUCCACCAGCAUCGAAGAGGCCUGUUUACAGUGAGGCAAGCAGUAUUGACUAUCUUAGUGGUGACUCCUACAAGUCAGAAAAGGUUCCAGAUGAUUUCAUCAACCCAACUGCUCCAUCUAAUAUAUCUACAUCAUCCCAUUCAAAGCCAGAAGUAUAUCCGCCACCAAGUUAUGGUAGCAGGCCAGACAGUGUGUCUGAUGACUUUAUAAACCCAACUGCACCUAGCUUCUCUGCGCCUUCUCGUCCUACAAAUGAGGAGCCAACCCAUUCAUCUGUUAAGCGGCAGGAAAGUCUACCUGACGAUGACUUCAUAAACCCAACUGCUCUUCCUGGUUUCUCGUCAUCUUCAGCUAGUAAGGAGUCCAGUGAAGAUCUUCCAAAGGCUCCAUGGGAAUCACAAGCUGCUGCUGCAGGUUCCCUGCCGCCACCUCCAGCGAGGUAUGGCCAGAGACAGCAGUACUUUGAGCAAAAUGUGUAUUCCGGUGGGAGCAAUGGAGGUGGUUACGAUGGACUGAUGACACAGACUGAAAACCUCUCCCUGAACCCACGGAGCAGUGAGAGUGCAUCACGGCCAACAGCAUCCCGCCAGGCUAAACCCGAGGACUCCCUUUUCAAGGACCUGGUCGACUUCGCAAAGACCAAGCCUUCGUCUCCAUCGAAACCAGCCAACAGCCGCAGGACCCGCUAAACGAUAUAUGUACAUUGAGUUGUCCAGCUAUUCAUUUCACAGGUUAGCAGCGGCUUUAGAUUAUACCCAAUGAAAUAAGGGCGCUUGAAGACAGGUUUUCAUUGCGUUGCGUUGCAUGGGGAAUUAUUUUGGUUGCGUUUAGAAUCACAGCUGUCAGAUACAGACAGUACUUGGUCAUAAUCAUGGGUGUGUGAUGUCUAGUUAGCUGCUCUUAAAUCUCUGUGUUGUCGGCUUUACUUUUUUUUUCCUUUUUACUUAGCUGUGUAUAUAUAUGUUACCCGAUUGGACAGCAGUAUUCAUAGUUGAGUUUGCAGACAAGACUUGGCUGAUUAUUUUCAGUUAGGAUAAAUUUGGUGCCCAUGGUCAAUUGUUGGCUGCUUGUUUUUCGUA